GACUGUCACCAGCUGGCUUCCCUUCUGCCGUUCUCCAAAGUUGCUUCGAUAUUUUGUGUUUUGUACAAACAGACGCUUUGCUGGCUACCGUCCAUACUAGCUGCUCUACUCGCACUUUUUUUCCAAAAACUUUGCCUUCAAUCGCAUCGCAACCACUGCCAGCCAUGGUGUUCCGCGCUCCGUCAUGGGUUGCUCCGUUGCCCGAGCUUCCUAACAGCAUUACAAUCGAACAGUUCAUGCACAAUGAUCAAUAUGGCCGAUACCCCAUGGCCAAGUCCAGAAUCCCAUACGUUUGCGGCAUCACGGGCAAGUCAUACACUGUCGAGCAAAUCGUCCAGCGUGUCGACUACCUAUCGCGCGCAAUCAAGAAGCGACUGCUUUUCGACUUCAAUGAGGGAACCGAGUGGGAUCGCGUCGUCGGCCUCUUCUGCUUGAACACGAUCGAUUACAUUCCCUUUACUCAUGCCGUUCAUCGUCUCUCUGGUAUUGUUAGUCCUGCUAGCGCCGCCUACUCUGUUGCAGAACUCGAAUACCAACUUCGCACCUCUGGCGCCAGAGCUCUCUUCACCUGCAUGCCCCUCUUGGACACUGCUCUCAAGGCCGCCAAGAACGUCGGUAUUGCAAGAGAAAACAUCUUCUUGAUUGAUGUUCCCGAGACCAAGAAUGACCCAUCUUUUGUCACAUUGGACGACUUGGUUCAAGAGGGCUCUCACCUGCCCCCCGUCCCUGCUCUCAACUGGAUCAAGGGCCAGGGCGAGCGCCAGACUGCCUACCUGUGCUUUUCCAGUGGAACUUCUGGACUUCCUAAAGCCGUCAUGAUUUCUCACCUCAACGUCAUUGCCAACAUCAUCCAGUUCCGAAACCAAGAUCAGCCCGGCCGAACAGCCCAAAACGUCGUGACCCAAGUCUCGCUUGGUGUCUUGCCAUUUAGCCACAUUUACGCGCUCACAUUGGUGACACAAGCCGCUCAGUACCGCGGUGACUCGGUCAUUGUCCUGCCCCGAUUCGACUUUGGAAUAUUCCUCAAUUCCAUUCAGCGUUUCAAGAUCAACCAGCUAUACGUCGUCCCUCCCAUGCUCAUCGGAAUGAUCUCCAACCCUGGCGCAGUAGCUAAAUUCGACUUGAGCAGCGUCCGCUCAGUCUUCAGCGGAGCCGCUCCUCUUGGACCUGAAACUAUUGACGAUAUCCUCAGGAUGUUCCCCAAGUGGAAUGUCUGCCAGGGCUACGGCAUGACUGAGGCCUCCCCCGUCGUCACAAACACCUCAGAAAUUGACCAGGUCAAGGGCUCCUCUGGGUCCUUGAUUUCCGGUAUGCUCGGCAAGAUUAUUGACGCAGAGGGCAAGGAAGUUACCGGUUACGAGCAGCGUGGUGAGCUCCUCGUUCAGGGCCCCAACGUGACAUUGGGCUACUUGAACAACCAAAAAGCCAAUUCCGAGACAUAUGUCAUUCAUGAGGACGGUCGUUGGUUGAGAACCGGUGAUGAGGUGCUCAUCCGUAUGGCUGAGAGCGGCAGUGAGCAUCUCUUCGUCGUCGACCGUAUCAAGGAGCUCAUCAAGACCAAGGGACAUCAAGUUGCCCCCGCGGAAUUGGAGGCCCAUAUUCUUGCCCAUGAGUAUGUGGCUGACUGUGCCGUGAUCCCCGUUCCCGAUGACCGAGCCGGUGAAGUGCCCAAGGCCUUUGUUGUCAAGUCAAGCGCAGCUUCAGGCAAGUCCGACGAGGAGGUUGCCAAGGCCAUCUCACAGGAUGUCGAGAGAGUCAAGGCAAGAUACAAGUGGCUCAAGGGAGGCAUUGAAUUCAUUGAUGCUAUUCCCAAGAGCCCUAGUGGCAAGAUUCUGCGACGCUUGCUACGUGACAAGGAGAAGCAGGCGAGAAAGGCUGCUGGAGCCAAGCUCUAGAGAAGUUUUAUUGGUUUCAGGCUCUGCUUCUUCACGCUUCCGUACUGUCUGGACAGCGCUGUCAACUACGUAAUAUUAGUCGGGUCUGUCAGGAAAUCACCAGGUCCACGUUUGAAUGUAUCAACAUUAUUAUUAUUAUUCCGUUCAGUCGACGGGUAUAUAAUCAAUAAUCAAAAACUUGCAAUUAAUAACAGCCAAUCCUACUCGUGCUAGCGUAUAUCACCUAAACAGGUCUUUAGAGAACCUGGGCAACCACGGGCCGCUCAGCUUAUCUGCAAUCUCCAUAAAGACCGUUUCCUUCGCUCAUGAUCCAGUUUUCGUAUAUUCUUUUUACUCUUUGUAUCAACACUUGAUUUUAUGCAAUGCUCAAGUCCUUUACAGGGCAAGGGCGACGGCCAUGACAGCCAAUCCCAUGCCAAGGCCAGCGUUCAGGUUGGACGCGCCAGCAAUGACGGGAGGAGGAGCUCCGGUGGGAACGGGAAUGUUUCCAGUGCCGACGGGAGGAGUGUUGAUGAAGGUGGUGACACCAGCGGUAGGGGCAACCUCAGUAGGCGAGCCCUCGCUGUUUCCAGGAGUAGGCUGGGUGGCAGGAGGAAUAUCACCACCAGUGGGAGCGACAGUGGAGAUGGUGAUCUGAGGAACGGUAACAGCAGUAGAGAUGGUUCUGACGGUGCUGCUGCCAGGGAUGGUCGUUCCACCAGUGACACACGGCUCAGUGACGGUAGUAGCAACAACAACAGUGGUAAGAGCCACGGAAGUAGCGGGAGGAGCAGUGACAGUGAUGAUGGAAGUGAUGGUGUCAGCACCGGUGGCGAUGUUGGGGUUCUUGUUGAUGAAAGGAGCGCAUAUGCCCUGGAAGAAAGAGAUGGCCUCAGAGACGGUAGCAUCGUUGCCACCGAAAGAGUACAGGCAGUUGAAGACGUUGUCAGUGAAUUCCUUGCUGGUGCAGUAGCAAGCGGCAUCCAUGUUGUCCUUGCAUUCCUUCUUCAGGUGAAGCCAGGAGUUGAGGCACUUGGGAACGACAUUGGGGCAAGGAAGAGUCUCGGUAGGCUUGACACCAGCAGAGGUGGUGGUGACGCCACCCUUCUCAGUAGAAGAAGGCUUCUGGGACUCCUGAGCAGGCUUGGUGCGAGUGUGAGUCUGGGUCUCGGUAACAGGGCAGACAGUGGUGCUGACGGGGAUGGUCACGGUCACGACAGCGGUGCCACCAGUCUUGAUAGGGCAGUUGGUGACAGUGGGGGCACAGCUGGUGAUGGUCGAAGUAGACGUGGUGAAGACGGUGGAAGUAGUCUGGUAGGUGGUGACAAUAGUUGUGACGUGAGAAGUGACAGGAGUGGACUGCUCAACGGGGUUGCUGGACUUCUGGGCCUCGGAGGAAACAGCAGGCUUGGAUGAAAUCUCAACCUUGGAGGUGGUCUCGGGUUUGGCAGAGGUCUCAACAGGCUUGGUGUGGGUGCGAGUCUCAGUGACAGGGCAGAUGGUGGUGCUGACGGGAACAGUCACAGUAACAACGGUGGUACCGCCGCUGGUAAGAGGGCAGUUUGUGAUGCUAGGAGCACAGCUGCUGAUGGUCUGGGUAGAAGUGGUGAAGACAGUCGAGGUGGUCUGGUAGGUGGUAACGAAGGUGGUGGUAGCAGGCUUGGAGCUCUCGGGCUGAGAGUAGGUCUGAACAGUGCUCUUCUCGGUAGUCUUGGCAGAGGUCUGGUUAGAAGGAGUGGUGGUAGCAGGUUUGGUGCUGGUGGCAGCAGGAGGCUGGGAGGUCUUGACGCUGGUCGUCUUGUGCUUGCUGCAGUCGAACUUGAUAGUGUGGAUCUUGACACCGCACUUCUUCUUAGCAGGAGGGUUCUGGUGCUUGGGGUAGACGACCUUGACAGUCUUGGCGCCACCGCACUGCUUAUUGACGAUGGUGCUACCGCCCUUGGAGCAAGGGCUGCUGUGCUUGCAGAUGCUGCCGUCAGGCAUGCCGUAGUGGAACUCAAGACGGGCAUCAAACUCGGUGGUGACAUGGUAGCUCUGGAUGGAGAAGUCUCCGAUCUCCGAACCAGCAGAGAUCACAGGGUUCUCGUCCUCCUCGUAGCCGCAAGUGCCGGAGAUAGCCCUGUCGCCAAAGGUACGAGCAGCCAGAGGGCCGUUGCGCUUGGAAGGGUUCUGAACGCACUUCCAGCCCUUGAAGCUGCAACCCUUAUAGUUGCCGAUGUCACCAGUGGGGAUAUCGCUCCAGUCGUAACCGGGAAUCUGAACCUCAAUACACUUGUUGUCGGAGUUGCUGGGGCAAGUGAAGGGUUUAGCGCCAGUGAAGGCACCAAAGUUGGUGUUGAGGCCAAUGCCACCGAACU